GCUCGAGCGGGGCGCUGGAGGAGUCCCGGAGAGUUGUUUGGCGCGGGCGCGGUGAGUUUUGCGCGGCAACGACUGCAGAAGUCGCGGUCGGUCGGGGCGUCCGACUUGGCCCCUGCCGUUUGAUGUGAGGCUUCUCCUCGGGCCUGGGGCCUCUGGAUGCGGAUUGUCUUCCCGCGGCCCGUGCCUGGUCGCAGGGCCUAGUCAGUGAUGGCUCAUGAGGCAAUGGACUGUGAUCUUCAAGUACCAUUAGAUGGUACUAUAGAACAGACGACUCCAACUGAAGUCCCCAGCCAAGGGGCACCUCUCCUCCAGCCUACCCUUGCUGAGGUGGUCAAUAGCCAAGGAGGAGCACUUGAUCAGCCUGCACCUGCUGACGUAGUCAGCAGCCAAGAUGGACUCCCCCCUCCACAGCCUGUGCCACCAGCAUCCAUUGAAAUGACAGAGGAAGUACAGCUCUCAGAAGGAAAUAUGGAGACUGUCAACCCAGGAACUUCGGAGGAGCGUAGACAGGGAUCUGGUGCUAACCAGACUGUCCGAGCUGCUACGGCAGUUUCAAUGAACAACUUCAUCAGUGGGCUGCAGAGACUUCAUAACAUGCUGGAAUUGCUGAGACCCCCACCUUCCAGCCACAGUGUGGGGCCAGUGAGAAUGAGGAGAAGAGCAGGAUCCAUUUUGAGGGCAAGAACUGGAGGGUCUCAGAGGCCACAUAGUGCCAGGUUGAGAACACCAGUGUAUGCCUACUUUCAGGUAAGCAGGUCUCAGCCCUACAUACCAGCCACUGCUCCUGAUUCAGAGACUAGGAAUGUGACAUCAAGUACUGAGUCUGACAGUGACAGCGUUGCAGAGAAUGAAGAGGUUGUUGUCCACACAGAACAACCUGAAGCUAACGUUCCAGAACAAGGAGUUAUCUCAACAGAGCAAGAAGCUACAUCUGUCACAGGAGGUGAUGCAGUUCCUGAAGCGCAGUCUCCCCAGAAACCCAAGGUUCUGCCUUCUGUGGAUGAUGAAGAAGGGGAAACUUGCACAAUAUGUUUGGAGCAGUGGACCAGUGCUGGGGACCACCGGCUCUCAGCCUUACGCUGUGGGCACCUCUUUGGAUAUAGAUGCAUUUCUAAGUGGCUCAAAGGACAAACACGAAAAUGUCCUCAGUGCAACAAGAAAGCCAAACACAGUGACAUCGUUGUCCUUUAUGCCCGAUCCCUCAGAGCUUUGGACACAAAUGAACAGGAGCGCAUAAAAAGUGACUUACUGAAUGAACAAAUGCUCAGGAAGCAGGCUGAGUUAGAAUCUGCUCAGUGCCGGCUCCAACUUCAGGUCCUCAUUGAUAAAUGCACUAAACUCAAUAGCCGUGUCCAGUCCUUAGAAACCCUUAUUAUGCGGCAUCAGAAUCAAGUUAGGCAGCAGCACCAGGGCUCCCAAGCACGUUGCGGGAACUGCUUACCCUCCAGCCAGAACCAGCAUAAAUACCACUUUGAGAAGACUUUCACAGUGUCCCAGACAGGAAACUGCCGAAUCAUGGCAUACUCUGAUGGUUUGAGCUGCCUAGUGGUAUCACAGCCUUCUCCUCAGUCCUCCUUCAUUCCAGGCUUUGGUGUUAAGAUGUUGAGUACUGCCAACAUGAAAAGCAGUCAGUAUAUUCCUAUGCAUGGCAAGCAGAUACGUGGAUUAGCUUUCAGCAGUCGAUCCAAAGGCCUUCUGCUCUCUGCUUCCUUUGACAAUACUAUUAAAUUGACCAGCCUAGAAACAAAUACUGUGGUGCAGACUUACAAUACUGGACGUCCUGUUUGGAGCUGUUGCUGGUGUCUUGAUGAAAACAAUUACGUCUAUGCUGGACUGGCCAAUGGUUCAAUUCUGAUAUAUGACCUACGGAACACAAAUGCCUAUAUACAGGAGUUAGUUCCUCAGAAAGCCAGAUGUCCUCUGGUAUCUCUGUCAUACUUACCCAGAGCUGCUGUGGCUGCAUUUCCUUAUGGUGGGGUACUGGCUGGAACCUUGGAGAAUGCGUCCUUCUGGGAGCUAAAAACAGAUUUUUCUCAUAAGCCUCAUGUGCUAUCCUUGGAGCCAGGGGGCUUUGUAGACUUUCAGACAGAGAGCAGCACUCGACACUGUCUUGUGACUUACAGACCUGAUAAAAGCCAUAACACCAUACGAACUGUGCUAUUGGAGAUGUCUUACAAACUGGAUGAUGCUGGAGAGCCCGUCUGUUCCUGUCUUCCUGUGCAAACGUUCCUUGGGGGACCCACUUGCAAACUUUUGACUAAAAAUGCCAUCUUCCAAAGCCCAGAGAAUGAUGGCAAUCUCCUAGUAUGUACUGGGGAUGAAGCAUCAAAGUCUGUCCUGUUGUGGAAUGGUGGCAGUGGCUCGUUGCUGCAGGACCUGAAGACCGAUCAACCUGUCUUGGACAUCUGCCCAUUUGAAGCAAAUCAGAACAACUAUUUGGCUACCUUAACUGAGAAGGCUGUCAAUUUUUAUAAAUGGGAGUGAGCAUGGUCUUGAGACCUUGCAGACAUGCUGCUGGUUAAUAUUAAGUAGGUUUUUAGCACCUAGUAGCCCUGAAGAAGAUACCUGUUUGUAUGUUGUAACUAGAACUUUUGGAUCAUGGGUUCAUUUGGAUUAGUGUGAUUCUAGGUCAUGGAGACACUAAGAUUGUGUAUGCUAUUUGCACCAAAAAAGUACCUUUGUGAAUCUUGCCUGAAAAUUCUUUAUUUAAACCCUGAGGAUCUUACAGUCCUCUCAACCAGCUGUUAUCUAGGAUGUGAGUGUGCACAGCAUUUUGGGGCUGUGAUACCCGACCAGCCUGAAUUGUCUUGGGUAGAAUUUGACUUCUUUUCAAGUUUGAGUGCUCAUAACCUUUUAAUGACUUGAUCUCACCCACACCCCUGCGCUGUCUGCCCCGUGUCUGGUACUUCACCUGUGGUGUGUGUUGUGGCAACAACAGUUACAUUCCAGGUACACGUGCCUACUAGAAUGUUGACAAGUCCAAUGAGGUAGCUGAUCAGCUAGCAAUAUGUAGAGCCAAUAGCUAAAGCUUGUUUGCAUUAAGUUCAUUGUGAUCACUGUGACAGGUAAAGGAAAGGACCAGUUGUUUGAACAAUUGUGAAAAAUUUAGAUUUUUCUACUUAGCUUAGAAUCCUCAGGGGUUUUUAUUCCCGACCAAGCCAGUGCUUAAGGACAUACAAUUUCCAGCCCAGGUAAAGGCUUCCUUCCCCAUGUGAAAUGUUUGAUUCUGAGUUCCUUUGAUUUGCCUCCCAAUUUUUUCUGGAAGUGUUGUUAGUAAAGUGGUUAUUCUCAGGAGAUAGGAGUGAGUGGUUAGACCUAUGGAUGACAGAAAGGACGACACUUAGAAACUUCCAUUCUGCUGGUCCUGAACUGUCCAGCAUUUAGAAUUAUGCUCAGGUUACACUUGUCUACUUUGCCUUAGGCUACUCCACUAAACCACUGCCCCUAGGACACCUUGUCUCAAGGUGUAGACAACAUGGCUGUCUCAAAUAUUUGUUGGUGAGGUACUAUCCUUUUUAAUAAAAGUUCUGUCCUACCUAUCAAAGUCCUGAGCUGUUUGGGGGAUCUUUAUUAACAGCAAGGAAUUGUUAAGGUUACUUUUCCCAGGGUUCCAAGUUGUGGCUGUAUGUAUUUAAUGAAACCAUUUAAAGAAUCUUGGGGUUUUUUGGGGGGGGGGGUGUUGUUUGUUUUUUUAAUUUUAAAACUUUAAAAAUGUCAGCUUCCACAGCUUGGGGAAAAGCUCCCCUCCCUCCCUCCCUUUUAAAAGUAGCUGCCUAAGCCUGGAGCUUCAGGGGCAGGAUAGGAUUUAAAUUAAAUAGAACUCAAUUACUUCAGCAUAUGACCACAGAGAAAGCUGGGGGUGUCAGGUUUGUCUGGGGAAGGGUUAAGAUUUGACUUGCCUUGAAGAAUGUUUAAGGCUGACUGGGGAGAUUUACUACCACAGAAGCUAAAGCAAAUCAAUAUCAAGCCGUGCCACUUUUUGCAUUUCCACAAUAAAAUUGGAUUCGGGUAGGAAGGUGCCAGGGUUUCGCUUGUUUUUUGCUCUAUCACUGAGCUGUAUCAGAAACCCAAAUCUGUGUUUUGGAAGCAGAUUCACAUGAUGGACUGAUAUCUAAAGAAAACCUUACCCUACCCCCACCAUUACUUGCAAGAAACUUCAUCUCUGGACCCAGCCUCUAAUCUUCUUAGCACCAGCAGGAUGUUUGUUUUUAAAUCUUGUCAUAAUACAUUGGGAUUUCUGAAUAUUGCUGUGUUUCAGUGUUUGUUGUAAUGUUAGCAAAAUAAAGAAUUUGCCAUGUGUAACACCAA